GGUGUUAGUCUUUGCUUGAGAGUAUUUGAGCCACUAGUGAAAGUACUUCGCAUGGUUGAUGGGGAUGUUAAACCAUCAAUGCCUUUCGUUUAUGGUGAAAUUGUCAAAGCCAAGAAAGAUAUUAGGAUUGCUGUUGGAAACAUAGACAAGACAGGGACUUUGUACAAGAGUAUCAUAGGAAUCAUUGAUGAAAAGAUGAAGAAGCGGUUGGACAGCCCCAUUCACUUGGCUGCCUAUUGCUUGAAUCCUUACUAUACCUUCUAUGAUUCAUCCAUAUUUGACAGUGAAGAGGUCAUGGAUGGGUGUAUUGAAGCUGUUGAAAUAUUCUAUCAUGGUUCUUAUGACAAGCAGAAUCAAGUGCUCAAUGAUGACUUGCAUAAGUUUAAGGACAAAGUUGGGCAUUUUGGAAAAAAUGUAGCUAAGGUUGGCUGCAAGGACUAUGAUUUCAGCCCAGCUAAGUGGUGGGCAAAUUAUGGAACUCAAGUUCCAACACUGCAGAAGAUGGCUAUUAGGAUUCUCUCUUUGACAUCAAGUGCUUCGGGCUGUGAAAGGAAUUGGAGUUGCUUUGAAGGGAUCCAUACAAAGAAAAGGAAUAGGCUCACAUGUGAGAGAGUUGAAGAACUUGUUUUUGUUCGAUUCAAUCAUCUUCAUGCAAAGAAGAAAAGUAAAGCUCAGCAGAAUAAAAAAACAGACCCUCUUGUCUCUAGUGAUGCAACCUUUGCUCAAGGAUGGAUGGUUCAAGGUGCAGAUGAAGAAGAUCCUGAGGUUGAGCCUGUUACAGGGCUGACAUGGAAAUUAAUUGCUGAAACAUGUGGUGCUGAGGAGGUCACAAAACUUCGUCGGAGUUCAAGAUUAGCUAAUACAAGAGAGGUUGAAGAAGUGCCCUUCUCAGAAAGUGAAAAAGAAGAGACAAAUGAAGAAGAAAUUGAGUUUGAGUCCGACCAUGAUGAAGUGAUGCCUACAACCAAUUAUCAGCAAGAGGGGGAGGGGGACAAUGAUGACUGAGCUUCAUGCUUUAGCUGCCAUCAUUCUCCUAUUAUCACUAUCAAUCCAUCAUUUUAUUUCUAUCACUAUCAAUUUGUAAAACUCAAGUGUCACUAUCGUGUUUGUUUUUGUGACUUGUGAGAACUACUUGUGAAUUGUAAUUGUGGUGUUUGUUUGGGACAACAAUUGAUA